AUGGAGAGAGUUGAUAAAAUCUUCGGCCAUUUAACCAAUCAAACUGAUUCCAGCAAAGCUGUACUGGAUUUAUUGCCAACCAGUAGUGCCUCCAAAUUUUCUCAGCCUCAUCCUGAUGAUGUCGUAGUUGUCUCUGCCAAAAGAACAGCGAUAUGUAAAGCAAAUCGAGGUUCAUUUAAGGACACACAUCCAGCAGACCUACUAGCGGCAGCAUUUAAUGCUGUAAUGAAUGAAACCAAAGUUGAUCCUGAAAUUAUUGGUGAUAUCCAAGUUGGAAAUGUUCUCCAUACUGGUUCUGGAGCAGUACUCGCUAGAAUGACUCAAUUCUAUUGUGGAUUACCCGAGACCAUCCCUCUCAGCACAUGCAAUCGUCAGUGUGCGUCAGGAUUGCAAGCAGUUGCUAAUAUUAUCGGUGAAAUUAAAACUGGAGCAAUUGACGUUGGCAUUGGUGCUGGCCUUGAAAACAUGACGCUACAAAAAGUUGCGGCCGAUGAUACCGUUUUAUAUCCGAAGCUCUUGGAAAAUGAAUUAGCAAAGGAUUGUUUAAUACCUAUGGGAAUUACAUCUGAAAAUGUUGCUCAUCGGUUUGGUAUAACUAGACAACAACAGGAUUUCAUGGGUUACUUAUCUCAACAGAAGGCUGCUAAAGCGCUAGAAGAAGGCAAAUUUAAAGAUGAAAUUAUUCCUGUGAAAACCCAAAUCAAAAUGAAAAAUGGCGAAACUAAGGAGAUUCUAGUUGAUACCGAUGAUGGUAUCCGUAAAGGCACAACCAUGGAAACCUUAGCCAAACUAAAACCAGCUUUUAAUAAAGAUGGUUCAACUACUGCAGGCAAUUCGAGUCAAAGAAGUGACGGAGCGGCCGCUGUCAUGCUUGCUAAAAGAUCGACUGCAGAACGCUUGGGUCUACCAAUUUUAGGGAAAUUUAUUGCAUACGCGGUAGCCGGUGUGCCACCAGACGUUAUGGGCAUAGGUCCAGCUUUUGCUAUUCCAAAAGUUAUGAAGAUGACCGAUUUGUCCUAUGAAGAUGUUGACAUUUUUGAAAUCAAUGAAGCUUUCGCUAGUCAAGCGACGUAUUGUGUGCAAAAGUUAGGUAUUCCUUUGAAUAAAGUGAAUCCUAAUGGUGGUGCUAUUGCUAUGGGUCAUCCUCUUGGAUGUACUGGUGCUCGUAUGGUAGCAACUCUAUUACAUGAACUCAAGCGUCGCGAGAAGAGAGCUUAUGGUAUUGUCUCAAUGUGUAUGGGCUCUGGCAUGGGAGCAGCUGCAAUAUUUGAACACAAUCCUGCGGAAUAUCAACAGCAGUAA